AUGACCGGUUGGAGAAUGCAGCCGACCGCUUCGGUGCUCGGCGUCAUCGCCAUUGUCUCUGUCAUGAUUACUGUCACAGCGUCAGAAGCGGAGAACGGCGCCAUCGAGCGUGGCAUUAAUCAUCUUGACGAGGAAUAUCAACGCCUCGACGAGAGAAUCGCGAAGAAUCGCACUUUCGAAACCGUUGGCUGGUCUCGCGGCAACGACACAACAGCUCUCGAGGAAGUCAUUUCCGCUUUUACGGUUGAGUACUCAACAAAGGAUUCACCCCCGCUCGUUACCGUGGUGGAUUCGCAUUUUGAGAAUACGUCGAAGAAUUACGUAGACGAUCAGAUGAUAUUCGCCUCGAAGAGGAUCGAGAACUCGGAACAGGCGGAAGAAGCUCUGGCAAAGAAGCUGGACCACGAAGACGUUCAAGGAACGAACGACUCCAGGAUAGAAAAGCCGAGAGACGACUGGUUGACAGUGAUAUCGAUGGAGAAAGAGGAAGACGUUACGGAAGCGAGAUACGGCGAGCAGAGAAACUCGCAAGAUAUCAGGGCGAUCUCCUUCCAAGUACCGCCGGCAGAUGAGAAGGAGGAAGACUAUCAGGACAGCCGACAACAGGGAAAAACUAGCACCAAGAAAAAUCAGUCUAGACCGGCGAAUAACUUGCUGCUGACCGGCAAGUCGACGAAGGCCUUCUACGAGAUUAAACCGUCGAUCAGGACUCUAGAAACGGAGCGCGGUCGUGAUCAGUUCCAGAUAACCACUCACAGGACGUUGUCGGGCAGAAAGUUCGUCUUGCCUAGCGUCGAUAGCGCUUUCGGAAAAUUCGGUCCAUAUUUCGAGGACGGCGAUCGAGAGAUUAAUGUCACCGCGAGAAUCGGCAGUACUGUUUUAUUGGACUGCAAGAUCGGCAUGCUAGGCGAUAAAAAGGUAACGUGGUUGCAGCAUAAUAAGGAUUUCUUUCGACUGUUGACAGUAGGCAGAACGCCAUAUAGCAACGAUCAAAGAAUCAGUCUUAAUUUUCGAUAUCCUAGCAAUUGGAGACUGCAGAUACUUUACGCGAACCCACGCGACUCAGGGUUGUAUCAGUGCCAAGUUGCCACGCAUCCGCCACUGGUUAAGAAAAUCAACGUCAUCGUUACGGCACCAACUCUGACGAUCAGUGAUGAUUCUGGACGUAUAGUUUCCAAGGAAAGGCAUCUAAAGGCAGGUAGUGUCCUCAGGCUCAGGUGUGAGGCAAGGGACGUGCUCGAGUCGCUCAACGAGUCCGUCGUUUGGACUAGAGGAGACGAGACGCUUACAGAAGACAUUAGCGAGAACAGAACGACAGAGAUCACGGCAGGCAAGGAGGUCCUUGUGAUCGUCAGUACUCUCAUCGUGGAGAGAGCCAGUCCCAGGCACGCAGGGAACUAUAGCUGCAUGGUGCCCGGCAAAGCCAAGACCACCGUGGCGGUUCACGUUCUCAACGGUGAACUGCCAGCUGCUGUGCACGACGGGAACGGAGUUUCAAGAGCAUUCCUUAAUCUUUGGUUGGUUCAUCUGACGAUGAGCUAUGUUUUCACCAGAUGA